CUCGCCCUCGCUCUUCUGCUGACUGGUCGCCGUCUCUCCCUUCGUCUGGGAGCGCAAUCUCUCUCCCUCUCGAGAUCUCCCCCGGCGACGAUGAACUCAUCAAGGAUGAUGGGGCUGUGCCGGGCACUCGCAAACGGUUUUGGCCGGUCUUCUUACUCCUCCUCUCGCGGUCUUUGCUCUGAAACGGCGGGAAUCCGACCUGAACAAGAUGGUGCCCGGUCUGCUGGUGCAAAGUUGCUUGGAGCUUGGUCAUUCCUUGGAGCAGGAAUUUCUGGACUUCUUAGUGCUGCAAGUUUGGCAUCUGCUGGAGAUGAGGCAGAGCAUGGUUUAGAAUGUCCAAAUUAUCCUUGGCCACACAAGGGGAUACUUAGUUCCUACGACCAUGCAUCGAUUCGACGAGGUCACCAAGUUUACCAGCAAGUCUGUGCUUCUUGUCAUUCAAUGUCUUUGGUUUCAUAUCGUGACCUUGUCGGUGUGGCAUAUACUGAGGAGGAAACAAAAGCCAUGGCAGCUGAGAUUGAAGUGGUCGAUGGCCCAAAUGAUGAAGGUGAAAUGUUUACCCGACCUGGCAAGUUAAGUGAUCGGUUUCCCCAGCCAUACGCUAAUGAACAAGCUGCAAGAUUUGCUAACGGUGGGGCCUAUCCCCCAGACCUGAGCCUCAUUACAAAGGCACGGCACAAUGGGCAGAAUUAUGUUUUUGCUCUUCUCACUGGCUACCGUGAUCCACCAGCAGGCGUAGUGAUUCGAGAAGGCCUACAUUAUAAUCCUUACUUCCCUGGUGGUGCAAUAGCUAUGCCUAAAAUGCUCAUUGAUGGAGCGGUUGAAUAUGAAGACGGUACACUUGCAACUGAAGCGCAGAUGGGAAAAGAUGUGGUCGCAUUCUUAGCGUGGGCAGCAGAACCUGAGAUGGAAGAGCGAAAAUUGAUGGGCUUCAAGUGGAUAUUUGUCCUGUCACUAGCCCUUCUUCAGGCUGCAUAUUACCGUCGACUUAGAUGGUCAGUGCUGAAGUCGCGAAAGCUUAUUGUUGAUGUGGUCAACUGAUCACGUUCUUGGAAAGAUUUUUGAGGGACUCAAUCAGCAAUAACGAGAUCUAUUGAUGUGCAAUUUCCUAUUACCCUAUUGUUCAUUGACUAGCAACUUUGGGUAUACGCGUGCAAAGAAUUUUGAUUCUUGACGACAUUGUGCCUUCUCCAAGUGUCACAUGAAUUACUGAAUGUGAACGGGAAGGCAGAAGGCUCCAGUUUUCCCAUGAGAUAUGUAUACUUCAAUUUUGUCCUCCAAGAAUAAAAGUUACUGAGGCAGAAAUUUUGCCAUGGUAGCUGCCCAACUGUAAGCGUCUUCAGCUGGUAUAUGUGUUUUAACAUUGAUGGUGCCAUAUUUGGUUCUUGAUGCAACAUAUGAUCUUACAUGUCCCACAAAUUGAACAGGGAACUAUUCAAAUGGAGUGGAUGAGUAACAUGCAUGUUUAAACCAUUUUUCUCUCU